UCUUGGAAAGUCUGCAACUGUCAUUCAUGAUUUGAAUAAUGAAACACUGCGCUAGUAAUGUAUUUUUAUUCUUAGUAUGAUACAUUUCGAGACUUUACUUUUAUCAUAAAGAGAAAAUAUUUAUUAGGUAUUUUACGCAGUGUUGUGUGUCUAUUGUUCUGUAUCUCUUGCCAUGAAAUUGUGUUUUUACGGUUUACUGCAGUUGGACGGAUUUCUUUUGUCCGAUUUUCCGAAACAUCCGAUAAAAUAUCUAUGCAAAUAUUUGUACUUAAUCAUGAGAAUAAAUUUUCACAAAGCAUCGUCCAAAUUGUGAAAAAUUAUUUAACUUAUUCAAUGUUUCAUUAUUUUUUAAUCAUGAACAUUUGCUAAAGAUUGUGUCGUGGUUAGCUUAAGAUUUUUAGUAACAAUCGAAAGCUACUCCAGCUUCCAACAUCGUACUCGAAUCCCAUAGCGCACCACUUUAUAUAUUAUUCCGGAAACAUGUGAACCAAUAUUUAAAUCACCUAAGAAGGAUUUAUGAAAGUUUUCUUUAAUGUUCGAUCGGUUUCACCUGAACGCCAGUUGUACUGUACUCACUUAAGUUGCUCUUUCCACUGGCUCAAACAAAGAAGAUAACAGAGUAACUGUAACUGACGUUUCUGUUUACCUGUGAACUGUGAAGUGUGAACUUCUGAAGCGGGCAAGAAUUGAAAUGCGUGUUGACGUUUAUGACAUGUUAUCCCAAUGUUGUGAUGGGUUAUACGACGUCUGUUGUAUCUUGUUUGUUGGCUAUUGUUCCAGUGAUUGGGGAUUUUGUGGUUAGUGCAAGUGACAACCGAUUAGCCAAGUCAUUAUCAGACAAUUUAACUCAUGGUGUAAUUGGUUUUUUAACAUGGUUGUUGGUGUGCGUUCAUUAUGCACACGUAUCAGCCUACGUUUCAUUAGCUGAGUCUGCUGCUUGUUGUUUGGCAGCUUCUGCAAUUGAUGUGGAUCAUUUUGUAGCAGCAAGAUCCGUGUCUCUUGAGAAUGCUCUACAAUUGAAGUCUCGUCCAUUCCUGCACUGCACAUCAAUACCAUUAUUAGUUUUUGGUAUAGGAGUAGUUGUUGGUUAUCUACUGAAAUACUCUGUGAUGAAAAGAUAUUCAUGGUUACUUAUUGCAGCAUUACUCAGUCAUCACAUUAGAGAUUCUACUAGACGGGGCUUGUGGCUUUGGCCCUGCGGUACAACUUACCCAUUACCAUAUUAUUUAUAUGUAAUUAUUACUGUACUGAUACCAUUCUUAAUUGUAGCUGGAAUGAAACUGACAGAUACCACAUACAAUUAUGAUACAAUAAGUGUAUAGUACUGGUUAUCUAGUUCUAAAAGAGAUUUGUUACACUGUUAUAAAACUUUGAUAUCAAUACUAAUGUCCAGAUUUGCAGACAUCACUGCCAAAUUGUUGUCUUCUAUCUCUGACACUGCAUUAUUGUUGUAACUUUCAUACUUUCUCUGAAAUACUGGGAUUUAGAUAAGAAUAUGCACUAUCAUCAUUAUUGUGUAAAAAAAGUCAGUAGUAUGUUGAAGUAUAUAUUUUGCUUUAUAGUUUAGUUUCCUGAACUUGGGAAUGAGUAGAUCCGAAUUCUUAAAAUGAGUACCAAUAUUGUAAAAAUAAAUUUGAGAACUAUUUACUUGUGGGGAAACAGCCCUGGUGGGUGUUGUUGCCUAAACUGUAUACAUGGAAAGCUUACAUAUAUGUUUGGUCUUCUUUCGUCUGUCCUUUAUUAGAAGUGCCCAAAGUAUGUAAGUAAAUAUUUUCUUAGAACUUUACUUUAUGCCUAACUUAGAUCAGGAUAAAUGAUAGAUUCUCUUUUAUGAUACUCUCCAAGAGGAAAGAUGAUGGUGCAGUUUGAGAAGUUUGCUUUGCCAAAGGGUAUAAAGAAGUAUUCACUCUUUCACAUUCACUAUCCUUGGAACAGUAUGACUACAGAUUCCAUCCAUGAGUCAUUCUGGGUCCCCAUAGUUAUCACCAAGCACUAAAGUGUCAGUGCCACUAAAUGCUAUACCAACUACACGUGUCAAUGUGUCUGCUGUGAUGACUGCACAUGAUGCUUCAAUGCUCACUUGUAGAACCUUCACUGUAGUUUGCAGUUGUUAAGAAAUUUCAGACAUGAUCUUCCAUUGGUAGAAAUGUGGAUGUGAGGCCUGUAGUGUGUGGCAGGCAAAAGGCAUUUUUUAUCUAUCCAUUGACGUGAGUCAAUGUUAGCAGUGUGCAUCAUUAUCAUCGUCAUCUUGUUAUAGGUAAAAUUUCUCGUCUCCUAAAAGUGAUGGAAUAAUGGAGAAAAAUCAUUAUUUGGAGCAUAUUAAGAUACACCUCACCAGUUACAGUACAUUUAAAGAACUGAUCAAUCAAACCAUGUGAUGAUGAACAACAUAGUGAUCCCCUGUCAGAUUCACUUCGAUACCCACAAGAAUAUGUGUGUCUACAAGAUCAGAGAUCACAUAUUUAUGAUAGUUUACACCUCAUCAGACAUACCACUUUUGUUAUUUCUUUAAAACCCUUCAUCCUUGUGACCUAGGUCUCCACACUAACCACAGUACUGAAACAUUUAGUCCAGGCUGUGCUUGUUCAUAACAGUAUGUAGUUUUGAAAUGAGCAAUUCAUUUUACACCUUUUACAGUUGGUUGUUUCUUCUGUUUGCCAUACUCCACAUUUGUGUGCAUGCUGAUUCACAGAUGUUUCAGUGUUUGUGUAAAGUGGUAGCUGAAUUUGGUUCUUUUGUUUUCUCCUGUAUCUUCACUUAUUGACAUCAGUAACAGGAGUAUUAGCUUCAAAUUUAUUCCAAAUGUAGAUAAUUAUUUGAACAUAUCUAAAAACAAAGAUGAUGUGACUUACCAAAUGAAAGUGCUGGCAGGUCGACAGACACACAAACGAACACAAACAUACACACAAAAUUCAAACUUUCACAACAAACAACAAACUCAUCAGGAAAGAGGGAAGGAGAGGGUAAGACGAAAGGAUGUGUGUUUUAAGGGAGAGGGUAAGGAGUCAUUCCAAUCCCGGGAGCGGAAAGACUUACCUUAGGGGGAAAAAAGGACGGGUAUACACUCGUGCGCACACACAUUCAUAUCCAUCCACACAUAUACAGACACAAGCAGACAUAUUUAAAGACAAAGAGUAUCAUUAUAUUUAAUAAUAAUAAUAAUAAUAAUAAUAAAGUAUAAUUAUUUGAACAGGUGGAUGACUAACACGUUUGCUUCUUCAGUUGCAUUUAUUUAUUUUCAGACUCCCAGUAGCACUUCAGCACAGCCUUGUGGUAAUCUAUUUAAAACCUUAUUUAGCCAUUCUUGUUCCAAUGUCGCCUUCUCACAAUGUGAAUGUAAGUCGUGACUCACACCAUUGAUUGGAAAAGAAUUGAACUAUAUUUCCAUGCAGGAGUCAUACUCCAUUUGAAUCUAAUUCAAAGAAGCUAAUUAUUAGAGAAUUAGUUCAGGGUUUUUUUUUCAUUAAAAAAUACUGUCUGAAUCCUCUGCUCUAUAAUGGAAAGUUAAUAUACCUAGAAAGAAAUUGCUAAGAGGACACUAUAACAUUCCAACAUAUUGACUUCCAACAUUAUCAGAUUAUGCACAGCACAUUCCUAACUACCCCUGAUGCUCCUUUGAUUGUACAGAAAUGAUAAUACUGGGUCAGUUGCACUUUGCUAUUUGUUCCUGUUGAUCAGUCUCACUUAUCACUCUGGGGGUAAGUAUUUCUGGUGUAAAGCUCUAAUCAUUAAUAAAAUCUGAUUGGUUAAUCCCCAACCUGUCCUGUGAUAUUCAUGUUUUACACUUUAAAAUCAAGUUGAAAUAAAGAAACAACUUUUACACUAAUAACUUAAUAGACCACAAUAUUUAUGGAACUUUUGCAAGAUCUACUUGUAGUAUGUUUUGUAACAUAGUUAUGAACGCACUUGUAUUAUCUAGUCAGGCUGUGAUGUAAAGCUGUGAUGUAUAGGAUAAAUAAUGUAUCUCCUCCCUUCAGGAGUGAUCAGUAGUGGUAUUUUUAUAGUUCCUUACUCCUUGGUGAAGAAAUGUGUUAUUUAUGAUAUACCAUAUAUUGGUAUUUAAUUAAAGAUAAACACAUAAAAUAUAGUCAGAGUUUGUGUCUAUUGCAGUGGGCAUUAUAUCCUUAUAUGACUGUGAUGUUCAAAGUUCAAUCUUGCCAAAGGCAAACAUUUUAUUAACUUAAGCUGCAGUAUCCAUUGUAGCAUGACAUUUGUACAGGUAAUAUUGUUUUUUUAUAGAUGUGUCAAAUUCUGUACUCUGAAACCUCAGAUGUACUUGAUAUUUAAUUUUACCAGAGACUAAUGUAUUUACAAUAUUUUAAAUAAAAAAAGUGUUUUAAGUGGUGUAUAUUAAUAUGAGUGUGUGUGCGCGAUGUAAACAGUGCUUAAAUAAAGACUCUAAUUAUAAGAAA